AUGUCUGAGCAAAUUAACUACUCAAAAGUUAUAGAGUUUUUCUGGUUUUUCUUUCCCUUUUUACUAUUCAUAUGUGCUGUUCUACUGAAAUUUUACAUAAAAACUAGCAUUCAUGUUGAUUAAGGAUAAAAUAGAUCAAAAUCAUAUAGUCAAUAAAAUUUGAAUGAUUAAAAACACAAUGAACCGUAAAAACAUGAUAAUGAUGGAUUUUAAGGUCCUGGUAUGAUAUAAUCACUUAUUAUAUUUAGAAAUACAAAUUGUUGGAAAUGUCUAACAAAAUCAAUAGAUGGAUAUAGUAUAUGAAGGAAAAUAAAUGUAAUAGGCAUAAUCAAUGUAGUAAGUACCUUAAUUAUCAACCAUUUCUCCAAAUCUUACAUAAAAUGUAUAUCUUUAUUUUUAUUAUUCAAAUUUAGACAAGAACAGCAAAAUUAUUUAAUGGAUUAAAUGAAAUGAUUUCAACUUAUUUUCCUCUACUCUCAGUAUCUAUCUUAUGUAUUAAUAAUUUUGCUGUAUGGGGUUGGGCAUUGUCAUGUGUUCUUAUAUAUUUAGUUUUUGUUAUUGCUUUCAAUAUCUGUGAAGUCUAGCGCAACUUUUCAGAUACAAUUAAAAGUAAAUGUUUAUAUUAUUUAUUUAGAAUUUUUGUAUAUAAGUCAUCACAUUUGGUUAGGUGGUAUAUUUAUUAGCUAUUUAGCCUGCAAAUUGAAAUUGUCAAAUUGA